AUGUCUCCACAACCACACAAGAUCUUUUACAAGGGCAAUGAGCAUGACUUCGUCAUCUUUACGGAAAACCCAGAUUUGAUAAAAAAGUAUAAGGCUGGCGACACGACCAUCCCAUUGGUGGAUCUUGUAUCUGUUUGGAAAGUUUACACUAACAGACAAGGAGGCGUCGAUGGGAUCUUGGACGAGGCCUCCAAAUCUGAGUUGGAAAACGAGUUUGGACCUAAGACUAAGGUGGACGAUGCUAUCAAGAAAAUUCUAGAUGAAGGUGUUGACAAGAAGGCUGCAGGUACCUUCGAUGAACAGAAGCCAGUAUAA